GGGUGAGCAGUGGCUCAGGCUCUCUGCUCCCGGUUCGCUGUGACAGCCGGUCCUUUCCCGGAUCCCGGGACGGAUUGGGCGCGCGCCCACGUGUAUGUGAGCGGGACUCAGGGCAGAGGCGUCCCCUCGCUGUCUUUUUUUCUGCCUUUUAUCCAAAGAAGAGGGCAGUUCGCACGCUUGCCUUCCUGUUGCCCUGUAGGGAGGGGGUUGGUGUGCGGAGUGGUUAAAUCUUUUUUUCUUUUAAACUUGUGAGCUUUUUUUUAUUUUAUUUUUUUUCGUUUUUCUUUUUUUAAAAGGCUCAGUGCCCUCUGGCUGGUUUCCUUGGUCCCUGACUAAUCGCUUUCUGCCCCUUCUCUUGCCAUCCCCGCCCAAGGUCGCCCCUCUGCCCUCGCCCCCGACCCGGGAGGGUGGGAAGCUUUGUCCCGCUCCCUUCCCACCCGCGUCUCCGCAGCCGUAGCCGCACCUGCCUCAAUAUGAAUGGGGUCAACGACCCACUUCUUUUUAUAAAAGAUAUUAAGCCCGGACUGAAAAACUUAAAUGUCGUCUUUAUUGUCCUGGAGAUAGGACGCGUGACCAAAACCAAAGACGGCCAUGAAGUGAGAUCUUGCAAAGUAGCAGAUAAAACGGGCAGCAUCACUAUUUCCGUGUGGGAUGAAAUUGGAGGUCUUAUACAACCAGGAGAUAUUAUUCGGUUAACCAGAGGGUAUGCGUCCAUGUGGAAAGGAUGUCUGACGCUUUAUACUGGAAGGGGUGGAGAACUUCAAAAAAUUGGGGAAUUUUGUAUGGUUUAUUCAGAAGUACCAAAUUUCAGUGAACCCAAUCCAGAUUAUCGAGGACAACAAAGCAAAGGGGCACAUAGUGAACAGAAGAAUAAUUCCAUGAAUGGUAAUAUGGGUACGGGUACAUUUGGACAAGUGGGAAAUGGGGUUCAGCCUGGCCCAGAAUCAAGGGGAUGCCAAUUUUCCUAUGCUGAUAGAAGCAGUGGCCGGGGACCUAUAAAUCCACAGCUACCAGGAACAGCUAAUACUCAAACAGUCAUGACCACAAUAAGUAAUGGCAGGGACCCUCGGAGAGCCUUUAAAAGAUGACCUAUGCCAAAUACUCACAUGUAGUUUUUAAACUACGUGCCCUACUUGAACACUUACUGCACUUUUAUUUAUUGUUAACUGUGAAAACUGUUCUUCAUCAGUUUCCUUUUAUCGUUCUGGUUUGUUAACAAGAGUUGUUUGUUUUUGUAGCAAAACUGUUAAGCUGCUUACGUCUCCUAUUGAAGAAUAGGAACACGCUGAAAAAUAGGGGCAUUUAUUUCUAGAGCAAACAUGUCUGAAUAUUCUCUAAAAAACCUGCACCCAUUUCAUGGGUGAGUUAAGACAUCAGCAUUAUAGCCUCUAUGAGUCUUAUCGUCUGCAUACAUUUUGUAAUAUUUAAAAUAAGGCUUAGUGGGAGAUGUUCUCUGUCUUAAAGUCAGAUAUUACCAACUAAAGCGAAAACCACCAAAAAAAAACCAAAACAAAAGAAAAACUUGAUCAAUAACAGUAAUUUGUGAGUGUUUGUGACUCCAGGAAUGAUUGACUUUAUUGAAUGACUGCCAUUAAGAUUUCCAAGGACCGAAUUAAUCAUCCCAAACUCUUGUUUUAUUACCAAAAGACUUAUUAUUUUUUUUUUUUACCAGAAAUAUAGAAUAGAAUGUGAUCUGUAGUAUAACAAGUGAUUUUUAGAAGAAAGCUACAUUUACUUUAUUUUAAGGUAGUCCUAUUAAUAUUUAUCAUCUUUGUGCGUUACACUGAAGGAAAAUUUAAAACUAAGGCCUUGAAUAUUUAUUUUUUGAAACUACCACGUCAGAUAUUAAAGUAUAAUUUGAGGGAGUUAUAAAGUCUAAUAAACUUUGAUCUAAUUAUUGUUAAAAAUUGUAGAAAGUAAACAGCAAUGCAAAUUGAAUUCAUGGAGACAUAUGCAGUCUUAAGUUACAGGGUCCUAGGUACUUGAAAAACCCGGCCACUCGGCCUGGAGUGAACAUUACCUAGGUACUUCCUUUAUUUGAAGGGUGUGUGUGUGUGUGUGUGUGUGUAUUGUCAAAGUUUCUGAACACAAUUUACAAAGCCUUAUUAGCAAAAGUUAAGAAAUGGCUCUCUCAGAAGCAAAUACAGCUUUUUUCAGAAAUGUAAAAGAAUUUAUUUAUGUGUUGUAAAUGGUCCCAGUUCUACUUUUUAUUGUAGGGUGGAUUACUGGUAAAAUAUUCCUUUGUUAGAAUUCAACUCUUUUUAUUAUCUCUUGAAUAAACACUUGCAAUAAUGUUAACAGACCUACCUUAUUUUUGCUUUCAGUGAUUUACAGUGGAGAGCCAGUACAUUUUACUGUGGUUGUAAUGGUGACUUCCACCUGGUGACUGCUUAGCUCUGCAUUUGUUUUUUUGUCUUUUUUUCUCAUCUCAGGUCACAAAAUAAUUUAAGUAGACUUUGUUUUCUGAAAAUUCUAUAGUGUUUGAAUAUACAAUUGGUUCCAACUUAUUUAUUUGCUCUAAUUCAGUUUAUCUAACAAAUAUUUCAGUACCUGCUAUGUGCUAGGCACUGUGAGGAGAUUUAAAGGGUAGACGAAAUAAUCUCCAGGAGCUUAUUUAAUGGUAUGUAGUACUUUGGUAACUGGGAUUUAUACACGGGGUGGGGCAAAGGUAGGUUUAUAGUUGUGAAUAUGUGAA